UUGUUUUUCUUUAAUUAUUGAUUAUUUAUCUGCUUCAAGUAAAAUGAUGACCUUGAGAUUUCAGCCCCUUUUUUGUUUGCUGGUAGGUAGGGCUAAGUGGGUUUCUGAUAUCUUUCUGAAAAAGUUGUAAUCUUGCUAGAAUCCUCGCUAGAUUUCAGAUUAUGUAUAGAUUUCUUGUUGAUAUUUCCUGGUUUCGGUAAAUGGUAUUCUUGUAUGACGUUUGUUGGGAAGAGUCAUAAGUUUGUCUCAGAUCUACUAUAAUUCUUGAAGCUGCUCCGAUCAUACUUCUAGAGUUCUUGGGCAUUUUUCCCCUGUCUCUCUUUCUAUCAGCUUGUGAUUGUAAAUUGUGCUCGUGAUUGGUUUUAAGCUGUUGAGACAGCGUUGUCACCGUGUCCUAAUUUGAGAGUGGUCAACUUGAUCAUCUGGGGUAGUUAUGGCCCCCUUUUCCGUUGCCAGACGGUUUACUGCUUAUUUCUCUACUGGAAUCUUGUAGUUCAUAUUUUAAAUUGGCUGCUUCUUCUGUGGUGUUUCUGAUUUGUGAUAUGAUUUAAGUAAUUUUUGAUCGGUUGUUAUGAAUUUGAUUGACAGCAAUUGGGGGGACCAUGGAAUCAUUGUGGUUCUUCACAUAGAUUCAGAUUUCUGAGAUGUUGAGAAGGCUUUAACCUUUCUGUCACUGAAGUGGAUGCUGGAAGCUCUGACUCCCCAAAUAUGGGUUGCAACAAGACCAUAGUAUGGUUUCGGAGAGACCUCAGGAUUGAGGACAACCCUGCUUUAAAUGCUGCUGCUAGAGAUGGUUUUGUAUAUCCUGUGUACAUAUGGUGUCCUAAAGAGGAGGGACAAUUCUAUCCUGGACGGGUAUCAAGGUGGUGGCUGAAGCAAUCACUUGCCCAUUUAAAACAGUCAUUAAAAUCCCUUGGUUCGGACCUCGUGCUAAUGAAAACUCAGAGUACUAUUUUCUCUCUUCUGGAGUGUAUCAAUGCUAUUGGGGCAACAAAAGUAGCAUUUAACUGUCUCUACGAUCCCAUUUCACUUGUCCGAGACCACAAUAUUAAAGAAAAACUAGUUGAACUCGGAAUUUCUGUACAGAGCUACAAUGCAGAUCUUUUAUAUGAGCCAUGGGACGUAUAUGAUGAAAAUGGGAAUGCUUUUACGACUUUCAAGGACUAUUGGGGUAAAUGUCUUCUUUUGCAGAAGGAAUUUAUUUCAACUCUCCCUCCAUGGAAACUACAACAUGCUGCAGGAUCAGUGGGAAGUUGUUCCAUUGAGGAACUAGGUCUUGAAAAUGAAUCAGAGAAAUCUAGCAAUGCAUUACUAGCAAGAGCUUGGUCGCCAGGGUGGAGCAACGCAGAUAAGGCUCUGGCUGAAUUUGUAGAAAAUCAUCUGCUAGAAUAUGCGAAAAAUAGGCAACAGCUUGGCGGUAGCUCGACAUCUCUACUGUCCCCAUACCUACAUUUUGGGGAAGUAAGUGUCUGGAAGGUUUUCCAAAAAGUGAGAAUGAAACAGAUAUUGUGGGCAAGAGAGGAAAACGCUGUAGGGGAACAAAGCACAAAUCUGUUUCUCAGAGCUAUAGGGCUCAGAGAGUAUUCCCGUUAUAUAUGUUUCAACUUUCCAUUCACCCAUGAGAGAUCAUUGCUGAGCAGCCUGAAGUUCUUCCCUUGGCAUGCUAGCCAGAAUAACUUUAAAGCUUGGAGGCAGGGUCGAACUGGCUACCCAUUGGUUGAUGCUGGAAUGAGAGAGCUUUGGGCAACUGGAUGGAUACACAACAGAAUAAGAGUGAUUGUUUCUAGCUUUGCAGUUAAGGUUUUGCUUCUUCCUUGGAAAUGGGGAAUGAAGUAUUUCUGGGACACUCUUUUAGAUGCAGAUUUGGAAAGUGAUAUCCUUGGUUGGCAAUAUAUUUCUGGGAGUUUGCCAGAUGGCCAUGAACUUGAGAGAUUGGACGAUCCACAGAUUCAAGGCUCCAAAUACGAUCCAGAUGGAGAAUAUAUUAGACAUUGGCUGCCUGAGCUAGCACGAAUGCCAACCGAGUGGAUUCAUCAUCCAUGGGAUGCACCUCAGACUGUCCUAAAAGUUUCAGGAGUUGAGUUAGGUUUAAACUAUCCUACACCGAUAGUUGACUUAGACUUGGCUGCUAAUCGAUUGAGAGAAUCCAUAAUCAAAAUGCGGGAAAUUGAAGCAGCUGCUGGGGCAAACUCAAAUGGUACAAAUGAAGUUGUUAUGGAUAAUGCAGAUAGGAUUCAAUCCUUGGGUACUGCAAAUGUUGUAGCAGAGCCAAAAACCUGUGCUACUUAUUCUUCUAAUGAUCAGAAGGUACCCAUGAUUCAAACUUCAAAGGUUGAUAAUCCAUUGAGUAGGAAACGGUCUAAGCCUAUGGAAGAGAAAGGAGAAUUUCAAUAUAAUAUUCGCAACAACGUACAAAGUGAAGCUGGGACGUCGAAACCAGACGAAGAUUUAUGCUCUACUGCUGAAUCUUCAUCAUCUAAGAAGCCAUCCACCAGCAGAACUUCCUUUUCUGUUCCACAGUUUUGUUCCUCAUCAAAAGGGCUGCCAGAAUCAUCUGAAGGAACUACUGAUAGAUGAGACUUCAAUUAAUGAUAGAACUUCAUAAUGAUAAUGGUUUCACAUCUGGGCAAUGGAUCUACCUCAACGAUUGUUGGCUUGUGCGUGCCGAUGUUUGGUACACUUUUUGAUCUCUAAGGUACUGAGUUUAGAUGCCUUCUUUCUGUACAUAUAAACUUACUCAUAAAACAUAAAACUGUGCACAACUUUAUUCGCAAAUUUGUCCAAAUAUGUGCAGUUUCCCUUCGUAAUUCCUUCAAGUUCUCUCGAGUAUCUUGACCAUGGCAUGUUAUUGAAGCAUGUAUCAUUCAAAUUUAUGUGGUUA